AUGUUAAAAGGAACUGUUUUCAAUGUUCUUCAUUGGCUUCGUUGGCAGGAGCUGGGAUUAACAAAGAGCUCUCUUAUGUUUGUUAACACUGUCUCCGAUGAUCAAUCCAAACUCGGGACUAAGUAUUCUGUUCCGCAGAUUGCAUUCUUUAACGGCAUUAUAGAAGCAAUUGCACAGGAUGAAGCUGCCCAAGGUUGCAUAUCAGCAUUACGGUUGACAGAUCUUGUGUUGAUAUUUCAGUUACCAAGUGAAGCCAGCAGCAGUCAACAGCAAGUCCCUCCUGCAUUCAAGAACUUUUCAUUGUCGCAAAAGGAAAAAACUCUCAAUGCACUUGUGAAGGACAAAUGGCUGUGGUGCACAAGAGACUGUAACAUUGGACUUGGUAUAAGAUCUCUUAUUGACCUGCGCAGUUGGUUCAGGAACAAUGAUGUUAGAUCUUGUGAGGUUUGCAAUGAAGCUGGAGUAAAGGCGGAUUUGUGUCCAAAUGAAGGUUGUACGGUCCGGAUACGCAAGUACUGCCUCAAAAGCUUGUUGUCUCAAAGGGAUGAUAAAGUUUGUUCUGGAUGCGGGAAGCCAUGGCCUUUGGGUAGAGUUACAAGAGAAGAAGCUGUUGAAGCAGCAGUGAAUGAUGGUGAGGAGGAAACAGAUACUGAAGCCACAGUUCUGAGAUCCAAGAAAAGGAAAAAUAGGAGCCAAAGAGACUCGGCUGAAAACGUCUGCCAAAGUCCUGCCAGUUUUAAUUAA